AUGGCAAGAUGUGACGGCGGUUACAACUACUACGGAGGGUGCUAUAGCACAUGGGAUGCCUGGGCGCGAUGGGUCGUCCUGGGUGUCGUGAUCUUCGGAGCAAUCUUCAUCUUCUUCCUGUUCUCGUGCAUCUCCGCGCGUAGGAGGAGAAAGAGGGGCUACACACCAUACCGCGGCACAGCCUGGGCGGCAGGCCGAACACCACCCGGCCACGCACCGGCACAGUACAACAGCCAGCAGCCCUACUACUCGAACAACCAGCAAAACUACCAGCCUCCUCCGCCCGCGUACGGUGCUAGUCAGGACUACUACAGCAGGCAGAAUGAUGUUGAGCUGCAGCAGCCUCCGCAGGCGUAUGGUACGAACUCGAGGGACAACUCGUAUGCGCCACCACCAGGACCGCCACCGCAGAAGAACGAUGGCAUCGUCAGAUGA